UUUAUCAUAUAAUCUGCUGUUGAUGUCAAACAAAUUUACCUGGUUACGGUUUUUUGGAUUUUUUGUUUUCUUGUACGAUUGAAAAUCGAUUGGUCUUGCGAUUUCGAGCUUCGGAAAUGGCUUGGGGAUAAUGAAAUCAAGCCAUAUCUCCACAUAGUUUGCUGUUAAUUUUAGUCGAAUUUACCUUGUUACGGUUGUUUGGAGCGAUUGCGAGCGUCAAAAUGGGAUGGGGAUCGUGAAAUCAGGCCCAAUUUCUCCAUAAUUGAUCUUAAUUAUAUACCAAUUUAUCUGGUUACGGUUUUUUGGAUUUUUUUGUUUUGUACUGUGUGAAAUUCCGAUUGGUCUUGCGAUUUCGAGCUUCGAAAAUGGCUUGAGGAUCAUGAAAUCAGGCCAUGGUUUGUGUGGCGAUGAAGAUUUUGUACCGAAUUUUGCGUAUAUGAAAUUUGUGUAGCUGAGAAGUAUAAUGGGGAAAAACUCGAAUCGUGAGGACACUGGGCUGUCUUUGGGGAAUCAUAGACCAGGGUUUGUUAUAUGGGGCAUGCUUCAUCAUCUUCAUCAUUACAGGUGGCAUUACGGCAAGAAGAGGCUCACCCGCAAACCCCAUGGCUCGUCAAAACUGUCCACUGAUGAAGGGAGCACCAAAACUACUUCGGAUGCUUCUGAGGCUCAAGAUAGUGUCCAUUCAUCAGUCGAAAAUUACGCGGUUGGGACAAAACCCGUGGUCCCUCACCCACCCCACAAAAACUCCAUGAAAUCCCGAAUAAAAUCCCUUCUUGCUGACGAGAUGUCCCGGAGAAAGAGCCGCGGCCGCCACCGUAGAAGCACCUCCUGUCCCAUGCAGGCCAAUCCGGAAUCUUCUUCGGGCCCGGGCCCUCUUGCUGUCAGCAGGCCCAAACACGAAAGCUGCCAUUCCCAUCUACCUGGGCCCAGUGAGGAAAACGGCGGCACUUGCAAACUGUGUGCCACGAUGCUCAAAUUGAACUAUCUUAAGCAGAGUGAGGUCAGCAGGUUCGGGUGGGACCCGGUCCGCGACCACACCCUUCUCCAGGACAAGCUCGUUUAUGCGAUCGAGCAGAGCAAGUUUGACUCUCUGCAAGAGUCGAAGCUUUUCAUGGAUGCCUUAGACCUGCUUGACCUCAGGAAGGAGGUAUUCUUGAAAAUCCUGCAAGAACCGAGCUCGACCUUGGCACAUCAGAUACAAUGCAGGCGGGCCCCCGGGGAAAGGUUCGGGCUGACGAAAUCCGUUUCAUUCCCAUCUAGAGGCUCGUCGUCAUUCGGAAUAGGUUUCGAGACGGAAAAAGGAGGCAGCAAGCUCGAGUUUCCGGCGAACGUGAUGAAAAAGCGCGACAAGAAUAAUAACAAGGUUGCCCUGAAGCACUUCAAGAAUCUGAGGGAGAAGAUAAAGCACGUGAUCUGGGACAGGAAAAAGGAGAAGAAUCGGAUUAUUAUGGAUGCCGUGCACCAUAAGAUCCCUUUCGGGCAGAGGGUCUCGAAAAAAUUAAGCUCGGGGGGUGAAAUUAGUGCCUACGGUGGUAAUAAUAAAGGAGGAAAGCUUGGCAAGCAGCAGGCCUACAAAAGGACGUCGUCCUUCAACGAGUCGUACGAUAGGUACAACCGUUUGCUAGAUAUUAGUUGGAAUAAGGAAGCAAAGGGACAUACAAACGAUACCCUGCUGAGCAGAACAACAGAUGAUGAUGAUAAUAAUUGUUAUUACAAUAAAAAUGAAGACAUCAAUAACGAUAAUAGUAGGAACCCAUCUUCCCUGGGCAGGAAGGCCGUGUUUAAAAGGAUCCUUUCACUUCCUGAUAUGAGGUCAUAUUCGUUCAGUCACUUAGGAGACUCUUGUAACGCGAGUUUGGUGCAUGCUACUACAGAUGGAGGAAAUUUACGUAGCGGGUUAACAGAAGAAAAAUCGUUCGAUUUUUUAGGUCUAGAGAAUAGUGCUGUUGGGCCACAUGCUGUUACGGAAAGCGUGAGCCAUGAGAAGUUUUUAGAUGUGGGGUCGGCUCUUGACGAGUCGGUUGACUCGAACACAUUGGAAACAGCCUCGUCACACGAUUUGAAUGUGGAGGUGGGCCCGGCUACCGGUCCUCAAUCGUUGGAUUCAGGUCCGUUUUCUGAGGAUGAGUUGAGCUACAAGGAAGAUGAAAUCGGGCAAAUGAUUGCGUUAGAAGACUCAAAAUUCCCUAUGGAAGGCAAUCCCGAUCCACCAGCUGUGCAGCUCGACUCAACCAACUUGAAUUUCCAUAUCACACCAGAAAACAUUGUAGAAAACCGGGCGAUCUCGAAACUGUACAACGAUCUGGUGCACUUCGACGUGGACCCCAGCAAAAAGGCCGUGUUCAACUAUGUGAAGGACAUACUCGACCUGUCGGGCCUCAUGCGGGAUGAUCCCCUCGGGAGAUCUGUGGACCCCUCGGUUUUCGACGAGGUCGAAUGCUCGGAAAACGAGACGUGGGACCACCUGCUCCUGUUCGACUUGGUGAACGAGGUCUUACUGGACAUACACAACAGGUCAUUUCAGUAUUGGCCGAGGCCACUGGCUGUGCGGUCGAGCGUGCACCUGAUGCCCAGGGGUCAGCGGGUGCUGGAAGAGGUUUGGGCCGAGAUCGAGUGGCUGCUGAGGUGGAGGCCUGAGGUGGACCAGUCGAUUGAUGAAGGAGUGGGCCGGGAUCUGGGCAAGGGCAACCGGUGGAUGAAUGUUCAGACAGAUGGUGAGUUUGUGGGGCUCGAGGUGGAGGAUUCGAUAUUCGACGAUCUUCUUGAGGAGAUUGUUUCGAAUUGAGGCAUCUGGGGUUGUUUUGAAGUACAUAUGUUUAGAAGAAAUAGUUUAGCUGUCUCAGAGGCUGGCCU